AUGACAAAAGAAAGACAAAUUGAAGCUCUUAACACAUUGAAUGGAUUAAAAUUUAAAAAUAAAAAAUUACUUGCACGAAUUGAUGAUAUCACUGAACAAGAUCGACAGGCUAAGUUUGAAAGAAGGAAUAAACAAAAACAAAAGAAUCUUCUGGAUCAAGAUGGAAUACAACAACGUUCACCGGAAGAAUUACUUGCAGAUCAAGUCACACCUUGGCAUAAAAUUCCAUAUGAGAUUCAAUUAGAAAAUAAACAAAAUGAUAUUAGGAAAUUUAUUAUAAACUUACGACAAAAGAUUAGCAACAUUGAAAAAGAUUACUACAAUGAUAAUUUGCCAGAGUGGCUUUCUGUAGAGUGA